GCCUGGCAGCAGUGUCCCUCUCCCAAAGCCAGGGUCAUGAUGACGGAGGGGUGACGGUCCCCUCCGCCUCCCUGCUUCCCCCUCCCUCCCAUCCUCUUUCCUCCCUUUCUUUGGGGCAAUGGCAUACAGGGAGGAGGCGGGGGGGACGGUGGGGACACCCCCAACCACAGCAGCCUGAGGCGAGUGUUACCUCAAAGGGAACAUGGAAAAGUACGAGACCCUUCUCAGCAUAGGCGUAGGUGCCAGCGCAGAAGUCUUCCUGGUGAGGGACGCCCAGACCAAGGAGCUCUUUGCGGUCAAGAAGGUCAAAACCGUCCCAGGCAAGCGGCUGCGAGAUAAGGAGGCCAUCCUGCGGGAGGUGGCCAUCCUGCGGCAGCUGCGGCACCCACACGUAGUGGCCUGCCACGACCACUUCUUAGACCCGGGAGGCGCCCACGUCUUCAUUGUCCAGGAGUACUGCGAUGGGGGGUCCCUGGAUGUACACAUCCGGAGCCAGACCGCUGAAGUCGGCAAAUGCGGCAGAGCAGCCCACUUCCCAGAGAGCACGGUCAUGCGCUGGUUCGUUCAGCUGGCCAUGGCCGUCCAGUAUAUCCAUGCCAGGAAGAUCCUCCACAGGGACAUCAAGUCCUCCAACGUCUUCCUCACCAGGGACCGCAUCCUGAAGUUGGGUGACUUUGGCAUUUCCAAGGUGAUGGACGAGACAGCCGAGCUGGCGAGCACCUUCGUGGGGACGCCCUACUACCUGAGCCCCGAGCUCUGUGAGGAUGUCCCCUACAGCUCCAAGGCUGACGUCUGGGCCCUGGGCUGCGUCCUCUUCGAGACCUGUGCCCUCCGGCCACCGUUCCAGGCCCUCAGCCUCAUUAGCCUCUUCGACAAAAUUGUCCGCGGUCACCAUGCCCCCGUGCCAUCCUGCUACUCAGCCCCUUUGCAUGGUCUGAUCGGGGCCAUCCUGCAGAAGGACCCCAACAAGCGGCCUUGCACCAACACCAUCCUAGCCUUCCCUUACGUCCAGGAGCACCUCAGCAUCUUCCUCCUCCAGCGAGGAACUGAGCCAGAGGUCUUCCAUGAAGUGCUUCCUCGGUCCCACGGCCCAAAGCCAUGUGUUAACUGCCAAGUCUUGGCUCCGAGAUCAGAGCCCUUGCGCCCAGACCUCCAUCAGGGGAACCACAAUCAGGAGGACACCUCUAGUAUCUCCAGUAGCGGAUCCCAUUACUCAGCUGACUUUGAAGACACAGGCACUUCCUACAGCAGCCACAGCUCCGAGGACAUAACCUUCAACACAGCCACUGCCAUUGAGGCCCUGACUGAGACUGCUUCUGAGAAUGAAUGGGAGCUGCCCAAUUAUCCAGAGGACUUUGAGGAGUCAGAAGGGGAGCAAGAGGAGCCCCGGCUCAAUUGGGACCAUGGCCAUGGCAUGGAUCGCACCAUGAAUGCCACUCAGGAGGCCUCCUCAUCCCCUCCAAGGACCAUGCAGGGAGGCAGAGAUGGAGACACAUGCUGUAGAAGGGACAACAGCAGCUCCCUUUCCAAAGAUUCGGAGCCACCCUCAGAGCCAGGACUGAGUUCAGAUGACUGGGAGCACGUAGAGGAGUACUGCCCACUCCGUUGCAACCUGAAUCUGGAGAGCAGUGAGGGGGAAGCCGCUGGCUACAGCACCGUAACAGUCUGAGUCUGUGGAGUAGGAAAUCAAGGUGCUUCCUCCGCCCACCUCCCCUCUUUGGCCAGAGUCCCUGGGGCAGAAGAAGAGUGUCUUUCUCCCAUCUAGAGGGAGAGCGAGUGGCUCACAUAGGCCUCCCCCUCUUCUGUUCAACGCAAAACAGCCUCUGAAGUGAGGCAACCACACACAGGCACCCAGUGGCCGAUAUUCUGGAUUGCGAAUCACAAAUGCUUAUAGCCUCAUAUGUUAGUAAAUGGUGGCACAUGCAUUGCACACCUAUGAUUUUCGCACAUUCCCCCUCCACCCUUGUCUGGCCAGAGAGCUCAUAAGCAAAUCUCCUUCAUAUGCACCGUUCUGAUUUCUUCCAUGAAUAAAACAGAAGAGAGAUUUAAA